AGGGAGAUACUAAGAUAAAGAUUUCUGAGGACGAAAGAAGUUACUGAAUAUCUAAAAAUAGGUGACCAAAUCAAGAUGAGAAUCAAGAUGCCAGCUGUACGCAUCGCGCAAGCGGAUGCGGACAGCGCGGCAGAGGGCGGCGGGUCCCCCACACCCGGCGUGACGGAUACGCUCACGUGUGGCGCGUGCCGCAGAGCCUUCGCGUUGGCGGACAUCGUGCGGUUCAUACAGCACAAGGUGUCUUCUUGCGACAAGGACCUUACGUCGUACCACUGUUUUAGUGCCGGUCCGAACUCGGAUCCUGAAGAUGGUUCAAGACCGGGACAAGUAGCAACAGGCAACUCAAGUGGGAGAAGACCAUCACUCCUUACAGCAAGGCGGCCACCAAGUAGCAGGGUUCAUACUCCGCCUCUGGCUAGCCCUUCGAUAGCACCACCAGAUCUCCUUGAAGAUGGUGGUGCGUCGAGUACACCUAAGCGGUUGUUGGAUGAAGCUGAUGCUGGAGUAACACCUAAAAGAAGGGCAUCCACAUCACCAAUGCCUUCAAGUUCACCCGACGAAGACAUUAAACCCAAAAUUAAGCAAGAACAAAUGGACACUACAGGAUCUCCUGAGGACCAAAAGAAAUCAAGAACUGAAGUGGCAGACGCAGAAUCUAAUACAAUGCACAGUGAACCGAGCAACUACGUCUGCUCUACUUGCAAAGCGCGCGUACAUUCCGCGUGGCGAUUAGUUCAGCACGUCCAACACGUGCAUGGCGUGAAAAUAUACGUGGAGAGCAUGCCACAACAACAUCCGAAUAAACAAAACCAUUCGUCGUCGAGUACAUCUUCCUCCAGUUCUGGUUGCUCUUCUACUGGUGCUCCUCUUCCACCACCUUCUCUACGCCAUCAUCCACUACUACCACCACCGGACAUGCACUCUCCUUUUGGUGUUGGUGGGUUACUACGAAUGCCACUGCCGGGUAGUUUACCACCAUUAGCGCAUCCGUCAGUACCACCGACGCCACUAUUUGCUCGGCCAAAUCAUCACGAUCAUCGAUUUCGGAUGGAACAAUUAGUUUCAGAACAAUUCCGCCACCACGGUCUAAAUUUAGCGGCAGCAGCUGCUGCAGUUGCAGCAAAUUCGCUUCCUCCGCAUCAAGCUUUUCCAUCGCCAGCGGAUCGACCACCUGUUGUUCCCACCUCUCUCACGGGACGAGAACGACCACCACCUGUAUCUCAACCACUAUCUUUAGAACCACAGCUGGAUUUUUACUCGCAGCGCUUGCGGCAACUGGCCGGUACGACCAGUCCAGGGGCGGCCACAGGCAAUUCGAGCUCUCCUAGCCCCAGGAAGCAUUCUCCUCCGUUCGCUUCCCCGUCGCCCUCCCGAGUCGGUCAGACUCCACCGGCGGGCGCCGGACCCGGAGCGGUGGACACCCCUCGAGAAGCAAUACGACCUCACAGUACAAUUUCCCCCGAACGUCGUAUUGAACCGCAGACAGCUGAUGCGCCACCUUCGGAACGGCCUUCUUCGACACCACCAGUGAAAAGAAACAACGAUGAAGCGAUUCAUACUUGUGAAUUCUGUGGUAAGAAAUUCCGAUUCGAAAAUAACUUAAUAGUCCAUCGCCGUACGCAUACUGGCGAAAAACCGUUUAAAUGUAAUCAGUGUGAUGAAUCUUUCGAAAAGAAUUCGAAAUUAAAAAAGCACAUGAAAAGUCACCGAAAUUCGGAAACUAAUGCUGAAGAUGGUGAAUCGGGUGGAGAUACUGGAGAAGACGAUUCCGAAGAUGAUUUGGAAGAUGAAGAAUUGGACGGAGAGGAGGACGAGGAAAAUGAAGAUGGAGAAGAAGUAGAAGAGGCAGAGGACCUUACCGUGUCUAAUAGUAGUGUACCUUCUGCUCCACCUCGUAAACAAACUCCUGCUAUAUCUGCUCAUCCCCCUUCAGCCUCUGUCGUCGGUGAGCUCAUGGAUAAAUUUGGUUUGUCUAAUAUUGCUCAAUACAGCGAAGCUUUCAAACAAGCACUACAAGAAUCAGGUAACUCAUUAAAAUGGCAAUUAGCAAAGGACAGAGAUAACAACAACGGCCCCCCUGGGGAUAAGCCAAAUGGCAUGCCCCCUACAGCUGCAUUACGCCUAAAGGAAGAAUUCGCUAAGAUGCCGCCACAACCACAUCCUUUGUUCAAUCCUUUUGAAAAUCCCUUUGAGGCAUCGAAGCGGAUGAAAUUGGAUAUGGAUAGAGGUGAAGGUUGGUGGUUACCGACAUUACAUGCACAGCGGCCCCCUGAAAAUAUUUUCGAUGGAUUAAAAAACAGUAGUAACGGUCUGCUACAAAACCCACUUUUAAAAUCAAAGGAUGGACGCCGCAAUGAUACCUGUGAAUUUUGCGGUAAAGUAUUCAAGAACUGUUCGAAUUUGACCGUACAUCGACGAUCGCAUACCGGUGAAAAACCUUACAAAUGUGAACUAUGUUCCUACGCAUGUGCGCAGAGCUCGAAGCUGACGAGGCAUAUGAAAACGCACGGCCGGCUCGGCAAAGACGUGUAUCGCUGUAGAUUCUGCGAAAUGCCUUUCUCAGUUCCGUCAACGCUCGAGAAACAUAUGCGUAAGUGUGUUGUGAAUCAAAGUAAUGGUGCUCCUCUUGCUUUAUCCGAUGACUCUAACGCGUGUCGUGAUGAAGCGUCGUGA